AUGACAGCCGCGGCGGACGCUAUGGCGAACGCCAGCGGACCCGCCACCAACCCGCAGCGAAAUCGCCAACGAGAUCGCCAGCGCAUUUGCCCACGCACCUACGACCCUACCGUCGGACCCGCCAACGAGCACGCUAGCCGGCUCGCCAACCGACGCACCCGCCAGCUCGCCCACCGACGCAUCCGCCAGCUCGCCAACCGACGCAUCCGCCAACUCGCCAACCGAUGCGCCAGCCUGACACCCCAGCGGCGGCCGCCUACACUGGAGCCUGCGCACCCAGUCCGUGCAACCCAUCCGCGCAACCCGCCCGCUCGCCCGCCCCCUACCCGUCUCCCCCCCCCUCCCCGUCGCGACUGUUCGCAGGUGAAGCGGCGGUCGCUUGGGGGGGAGAGGGAGGAGGGGAAGGGAGUGGCAGUGGAGCACUGUGGGGGGGAGGCGAAAAGAGGAAAAGGGGUGACGGCGGGACGUCCGCCAGCAUCAGCACUAGCACCGACACCGGGCACCCGCACCAGUGCCAGCCGCCAGCAGCUACACCGCCAGCAGAGAGACCCCGCCAGCAGCUUCACCGGCAGCAGGGAGACCCCGCCAGCAGCUACACCACCAGCAGAGACCCCGCCAGCAGCUACACCGCCAGCAGAGGCCCCGCCAGCAGCUUUAGAGCCAGUAGAGAGACCCCACCAGCAGCUACACCGCCAGCAGAGACCCCGCCAGCAGCUACACCGCCAGCAGAGGCCCUGCCAGCAGCUACACCGCCAGGAGAGACCCCGCCAGCAGCUACACCUCCAGCAGAGAGACCCCGCCAGCAGCUACAUCGCCAGUGCAGCAGCGGUCGCUUGGGGGGGAGAGGGAGGAGGGGAAGGGAGUGGCGGUGGAGCACUGUGGGGGGGAGGCGAAAAGAGGAAAAGGGGUGACGGCGGGACGUCCGCCAGCAUCAGCACCAGCACUGACACCAGGCACCCGCACCAGUGCCAGCCGCCAGCAGCUACACCGCCAGCAGAGAGACCCCGCCAGCAGCUUCACCGCCAGCAGAGAGACCCCGCCAGCAGCUACACCGCCAGCAGAGACCCCGCCAGAAGCUACACCGCCAGCAGAGGCCCCGCCAGCAGCUACACCGCCAGCAGAGACCCCGCCAGCAGCUACACCGCCAGCAGAGACCCCGCCAGCAGCUACACCGCCAGCAGAGAGACCCCGCCAGCAGCUACACCGCCAGUAGAGACCCCGCCAGCAGCUACACCGCCAGUAGAGACCCCACCAGCAGCUACACCGCCAGCAAAGAGACCCCGCCAGCAGCUACACCGCCAGCAGAGAGACCUCGCUAGCAGCUACACCGCUAGUAGAGAGACCCCCGCCAACAGCUACACCGCCGGCAGAGACCCUGCCAGCAGCGCCACCGCCAGCAGAGACCCCCGCCAGUGUCGCCGGACUGCUGUGGGUGGGGCAGGGGUGUGGAGGAAGAAAAGGGGGAAGGGGGUGCGGUCCCAGGGGGCGGCUGUUAUGGGGGGUGAGGUUAAGGGGGGGUAG